CAGUCUUCUGGCUCCUGGCGCCGCGUCUGUUCCUCGGUCUCGGCCACCCGCCCUGCGUCUCGAUGUCACCAGGCGCAGACAGCAUGGCUCCUCUCUGCUUCAAUUGCUCCAGUCUCCCUGGAGACAUGUCCCCACAGGAUGCAAGGAGCCUGGUGCCCUGCAAUGGCAGUAGGGCCUUGAGGCUCCCUGACCCGGAGGACUUGAAUCUCACCGAUGAGGAACUGAGACUCAAGUACCUGGGGCCCCAGCAGACAGAGCUCUUUGUGCCCAUCUGUGUCACAUACCUGCUGAUCUUCGUGGUGGGCGCCGUGGGCAAUGGGCUGACCUGCACAGUCAUCCUGCGUCACAAGAACAUGCGUACCCCCACCAACUACUACCUCUUCAGCCUGGCUGUGUCCGACCUGCUGGUGCUGUUGGUGGGCCUGCCCCUGGAGCUCUAUGAGAUGUGGUGCAACUACCCCUUCCUGCUGGGCACUGGGGGCUGCUACUUCCGCACGCUGCUCUUCGAGACGGUCUGCCUGGCCUCCGUGCUCAAUGUCACGGCCCUGAGCGUGGAGCGCUAUGUGGCCGUGGUGCACCCGCUGCAGGCCAGGUCCAUGAUGACUCGGGUCCACGUGCGCCGCGUGCUUGGGGCCAUCUGGGGCCUCGCUGUGCUUUGUUCUCUGCCUAACACCAGCCUGCAUGGCAUCCAGCAGCUGGAAUUGCCCUGCCGGGGCACGGUGCCCCACUCGGCCACAUGCACCUUGGUUCACCCGCGGGCCCUCUACAACCUGGUCGUGCAGAUCACCACCCUGUUCUUCUUCUGCCUGCCCAUGGCCACCAUCAGCGUGCUCUACCUGCUCAUCGGGCUCCAGCUGCGGCGUGAGAGAUUGCUGCUGCUCAGGCGGGAGGCCAGGGGCAGGGCCAGGUCCAGUGACAGUGGCAGGUUUCAGCGGUCACAGGAUCGGGGCCGGACACAGGUGACCAAGAUGCUGUUUGUGCUGGUCAUGGUGUUUGGGAUCUGCUGGGCCCCUUUCCACGUUGACCGCCUCAUGUGGAGCUUUGUGUCCCAGUGGACCGAGGGUCUGCGCCUGGCCUUCCAGUAUGUGCAUGUUAUCUCCGGAGUCUUCUUCUACCUCAGCUCGGCCAUUAACCCCGUGCUCUACAACAUCAUGUCAAGCCGCUUCAGGGAGACUUUCCAGGAAGCCCUGUGCUUGGGGACCCGGUGCCGCUACCACAGACCCCGCCACAACUCCUACAGCCUCAGCAGGGUGACCAUGGGCAGCACCCUGUAUGACCUGGGCUCCCUGGGCAGCAGGGCCCAGCUGCCGACUGAGAAUGGGGGCCUCUAGGGGCUGCAAGAGACCGACCCCUUCUGAGUGGAGCCUUGGGAGCAGCUUCACCCAGAGAGGCCAGAGAGCCAAGCGCCGUUUCGGGAGCCAUCCUUGCCCUCCUCUGCCGGGAUGUCUUCAUGACCUGUCCCCCUCUGGAUCCCGUCCCUACUUUAGCCGAUAACCUCGGACUGGCCCCUCGGCGACUCCUACCCCCACCCAAGUUUUUGGAAAGGAAAUAAGGUUGCCCUGUGCUUUCUAGAGCCCUCGGCCCACAGGUGAGAUCGUUCUCUACAGAAACAAGGCAGCUGGUUGGCGGGCAGAGCAAGCCUCCAUCUGGGGUCUCACCCACCCCCACCCCUGGUUUCUGAAAUGUGUUCAGGGGGCCCCACUUUCCUUCCCAUUUCUCGUUGAGAUUCUGCAGGUUCUGGCCUGUUCGGGCCCUGUCUAGCUCUUGGUCUGUCCCCGGGACCCCAGCCACCCUGACCCUCUGUGGUCCCCCUCUGCCACUCAUUCGGCUCUGGGUCUCCACCUGGAGGGGUGGCUGGGCGCCAGGGGUGCUAGGGAUCCAGGGGACCUUGUUCCCAUCUCAGCCCUGCUGCUACCACCUUGCCUUGUGGCAUCACCUUCCCCAGCCUUGGUCCCUUGUUUGCAAAAUAAAAGUGGCCCUGGCAUUUGAGAGGGUCCCACUUUGCACUUUACCUGUGGUUUUGUGUGUGCAUAAAUCACAUCUUGUAACAAAGCUGCUGGAAAACCUAAGCUCAACAAGGCAGAAAUUAUUCUUGACUUCCUCACCAUCCCACCAUCCCCCUAACUCCUGCUCCCUCCCUGACCUCUCUGUCCCCUCCAACCCCCGAGUCACCUGCCCUGAGAGCCAUUCCGGGCCUAUUCUUGGCUUCUCAUGGACUGUGGGCCAGUGCCUGCCCCCUGCCCCCCGCCUCUGUCCUUGCCUCCACGUGAGCUGGUUUGGGGGUCUGAGGUGAGCAGAACCCUGGGCCUGACAGACCAGAGGAUUCCGGAGGCAAGAGACAUGGGCCCACCAAGGGCAAGGAGUGGCCCUGUGAGGUGAGAAGAGAGACAGGGACGGGUAGGUCGCCUCCUGAAAUGAAGCCCCAUCCCAAAGGCUUGGGGGCUGACACAGUGCUCACUCAGGACCCCCUGGGUGAAGGAGGCUCGCACUGUAGGUCAGUUGUCCCGGUUCCCCCUGCAGACAGACGCUCCCUAGCUCAGGCCCGGGACCCCCCUGCCUGUGAAGUGGUGGCAUUGCCCAGGGUGGUGGACAGAGUUCUGGAGUUAUGAAAUUCAAUUAUAAAAAUACCAAAUUCUCUUUGUAGAAAACUUGGCAAGUACCAGUAAGCAAAAAUAAAAACAACUUGAAAUAAUUAAAAACCACCCUUGCUGGGGGCUGGUGGGAGGGGGAGAUGGGGAGUUGUUUAAUGGGUACAGAGUUUGUUUGGCAAGAUAAAAGAAUUUCUGGAGGUCGGCUGCCCGGCAGUGUGAAUGCACUUCCGCUGAACUGGACCCUUAAUGCUGAACGGGACACUUCAGUGGUUACAAUAGCAAGUUUUAUGUUAUGUGGAUUUUACUGUAACUUUUUAAAAGAAAGGAUUAAGUCUGGAGGAAAAGAAAAAAGUUGAAAAUCACGCAGAGAUAGCUUCCUUCUCCUGCGACAGCCACUGUAUGGAAGAUGGAUGGGGACAUGUGAAAAGGAACAGAGCAGCAAGUGGCCUCCGAAGUGAGCUCCUGGAGCCCUGGGGUGGCAAAGGGGGAGCAGCCAGACCCCUGACUCCAGCCGGAGCUUGCGGUUGUCCCCAGAGACUAAUUGUGGGCUCCCGGGGGGCCUCUCUGUCAGAGAUGACUCAUGGGGGGCACCGGUGGCUCAGUGGGUUAAAGCCUCUGCCUUCGCCUUGGGUCAUGAUCCCAGGGUCCUGGGAUGGAGCCCUCAUUGGGCUCUCUGCUCAGCGGGG